AUGUCGGCACCCGGAGGAGAUGCGGGCUUGGCGCAGUAUGUCGACACAACGGUGUCGGUGAUCACAAACGACGGGCGGACCAUUGUGGGCACUCUGCGCGGCUAUGACCAGGCGACAAACUUGAUACUAGACGAGUGCCAUGAGCGGGUGUACAGCUCCAAGAAUGGAGUGGAGCAGCUCGUGCUUGGGCUCUAUGUGAUCCGGGGGGACAACAUUGCUGUCAUUGGAGAGAUAGACGACGACAAGGAUGCAUCAAUAGACUUCAACCAAGUUCGAGCGCCUCCGCUGAAGUCUGUGGCACACUGA